AUGGGUUGCUUUGACUCUUCGAGCGGCGCGAUCCGCGUUUUCCUCCUCGCCGUCGCCAUCUUCUUGAUCGUUACCACUCCGACCACGCUAAGCGAAAGUGAUAAAAGCGAAAGCAGGAGCGGCAGCAUAGACAGCAGAGGCAGCAGAAGCAGCAGCGAGGGCAGCGAGAGCAGCGCGAGCAGCGCGAUCGACGACGUAGAUGUUUUUCAGACGCGUUUGGGAAAACGUGGGUUCGAGCACGUAGGUGAUACAGGGAGUAGUCUAGAAGAUGUUGGUGAUGACGGUGGUGGGCUAGUAGAGCUCUUUACCCACGAAGGUAACUCUAGGCAUGGAGCAGACGACGAUUCGGAUCAGCUGCUUGGGUAUCAUGAGCGGGAUGGUGGUGUGACUGAUUAUAACGAGGAUGAUGGUGUUGUCGAUGAUCUUGAUAUCAAUGAGGACAAUGAUGAUAAUGUGGAUGGUGAUUUUGAAGUGGGGUUAUUUGAGGAUGGAAUGGAGCAUGUACCCGAGGAGGAGGGAGAGUUUGACGAGCACGAUAACGAGUCUCCUUUUGAUGAGGACGUUGAUUUGGAGGGCUGGGAUGACGCGGAUGAUGGCGUGGGUGAUGACGUGGUUGGCGCUGACGUGGAUGAGGGCACGGAUUACACAGAAGAUCCGGAUUUUGAUCUGGGCAGCAUUUUUGCGUACGAGAGGGAAGGUUCCGCGAUGGUGCCGCUGCCAGAGAGGGAAGCGCGAUUGGUGGACGCGUUGCUGACGUGGAUGGAGAAGCAUGGGGACCAAUCGGUGGAAGGGGGUGUACGAUCGAAGAUCCAGGUCCUAGCCAUUUCCUCUCCUGCCUUCUACUCCUGCGCGCCCCCCUUUCCCCCGCUCCCCCCGCGCCUCCCCCUGGGCAUCCUAGCCUCCGCCACCACCCCCGCUGGCUCCCCCCUCGCCUCCAUCCCCUUCCCCCUCUGGCUCUCCCGACUGCACGGGGGGUGGGAUUUCCGCACCAACCGCCCCGCCCCUCCCCCGCCCGCCCCUUACAAGCACGCUGGCGACGAUGUGACUGUAGCCGCGUGGCUGUUAAGAGAGUGGAGGAAGGGUAAGGAGUCUUUUUACUCCCCGUGGAUUAAUCUCCUGCCGGGGUAUGUGCCGCUGCCGAUUUUCUGGGAUGAGGCGAUGCUGGGGGAGCUGGAUAGUGGGGAGGCUAUAGAGAGAGUAGAGGAGGCGAUUAGGUAUGUUGAGGAGGCGUUUUCUCUUUGUUCUGAUGAGAGUAUCGCGGGUGCUUCUAUGGAUGAAUUCAAAUGGGCGGUUGCGAUCGUGUGGUCGCGAUCCGUGCCGAUCUCGGCCGUUGGUUUGAAGAGAAGGGGGAAAAGGGGGAGGAGGAAAAGGAGGGGGGGAGGAGGGAAGGGAGAGCAGGAGGAGGAGGAUGAGGAGGAGUUUUGGCAGUAUAUGGAGGAGGCGGAGAGGGAGGAUGAGGAGGGAGAGGGGGAGGGAGGGGAGGGGGCGGAAGGGGAGGAGGUGCACAUGCUGCUGCCGCUGCUGGAUCUCUUCAACCAUGAGUUCUACUACACGGCAGACUGGCAGGGGGAGGAGGUGCACAUUGUGCUGCCGCUGGUGGAUCUCUUCAACCACGAGUUCUACUACAUGGCAGACUGGCAGCCCACUAUCCACUCCUCCACUGCUGACAUCAACAUCUUUGCUGCUGACGUCAUCUCUCCAGGCCAGCCAAUCAGCGUGGGCUAUGGGUCCAUGGACACCGCCCAGUUCCUGCUGCUGUACGGCUUCGUGCCGCCCAACAACCCGUUUGACCGGUUCGUCCUUUUUGAAAACGCCGAUGCACUUCUUGACUACUACGAGACGAAAUAUCUUGCUGCCACGUCAGGAGGAUCAAUGGGAGAUAAAGACACAUCAGGAGCAGAAGGGACGGAGGGAGGAGGAGAAGGAGGAGGAGGAGGAGGAGGAGGAGGAGGAGGAGGAGGAGGAGGAGGAGGAGGAGGAGGAGGAGGAGGAGGAGGAGGAGGAGGAGGAGGGGCAGCAGCAGAAACAACGGGUUCUGAUGCUGGUACUGUAGCUGGAACUGAUGUUAAUAAUGAAUCAGACUAUACUGAGAAAUACCUGUGGCUGACUGGUUCGUUCGACCGGGACUCGGCUGCAGCUUCGGUAACCGCCGCCAUAGCUGCGGUGGAGGCUCGGCAGGCGGACUACACAGCCGAGCACGACUUGGAUCGGCAGCUGCUAGGCAUGGCAGCAGGGGCGGUGGCAGGUUCAGAAGCACUAGCAAUAGGCAGGGAGGGGUAUGUGGAUGCACGGCUGCUAGCUGCUCUGGCUGCUAUCGGCAUGCCAACACAUGACCCUGCCUUUGACUUUCGUGCUUUAGCCAGGACCAUUCUGUGCUUAGUGUUUCGAACAGGGUCACCGCAUGCACUCUCAAGCAGCAAGCAGCACAAGACACCCCACUUUCUCGUUUCAACUCACCCCUCUGUCCCGUCACUCCCCUUCCCUCUCGAGACAGGGUCACCGGAUGCACUCUCAAGCAGCAAGCAGCACAAGACACCCCACUUUCUCUUUUCAACUCACCCCUCUGUCCCGUCACUCCCCUUCCCUCUCGAGACAGGGUCACCGGAUGCACCCUCAAGCAGCACGCAGCACAAGACACCCCACUUUCUCUUUUCAACUCACCCCUCUGUCCCGUCCCUCUCCUUUCCCACCACCCCUUCAGACCCUGCCUUUGACUUCCAUGCCUUAUCCCAGACCAUUCUGCGCCUUGUGUUUCGAGACGGUGUCACCUGUGGCAACCCUGCCUUUGACUUCCAAGUGCUGGCCGAGACCAUUCUACGCUUUGUGUUUCGAGACGGGAUCACCUACCCUGCGUUUGAUUUCCAUGUCUUAGCCGAGUCCAUUCUGCGCCUUGUGUUUCGAGACGGUGUCACCUACCCUGCCUUUGACUUCCAAGUGCUGGCCGAGACCAUUCUACGCUUUGUGUUUCGAGACGGGAUCACCUGUGGCACUCUCAAGCAAUCCGUGAUUCUUCUUUGCUCCCUUCCGCCUCUCUUCCCUCCACCCCUUCAGACCCUGCGUUUGAUUUCCAUGUCUUAG